AUGUUCCGAAUGUCGAAUCCAGAAGCUCAAAUGCGACGCCCGCACCGACUACUUGAGACCAUGCACGAGAUGCAGGAAGAAGAACCUAGUCUAAAAGCUGAGUUGGUCCGAGAAAACGCUAGCCUUCACGAGCAGUUGCGAAGCAGUAAAUCCUCCUUGAGCAAGACAGAGAUUCGUGCUACAACUCCUUCGCCUCAAAACCCCAAAGCGACGACCCCUGCAUUUCCACCCCAAUCAGGCUCUCAAGCAGGCCAUGACGGCCAGGUUUCAGAUAUAUCAAGCCAUGCUGGCCACGACUAUACGCCAUCUAUUGAUGCCCCAGGUGUAUCGACAGGGACAGCGGCGGAUAGCUUCCAAGUCACGCCGACAACAUUAAACAUUGACCACAUUGGUCGACGCAAGAUCAAUGAUUGUUUUGUGCUCUUCUUUGCACACUAUGAGGUUUUCAUUCCUGGGUUGUUCGAUCCCAGCAUAUCGCCUGAGCAAUAUUACGAGCGAUCUCCCUUUCUGUUCUGGUGUAUUGUUGCGACAGGGGCACGCAGGUUUGCUGAUGAUCCCACUCUUUUCCAGCGAGUGGUGUCUCAGGUGCUACAAAUCGCGUUAAGAGCACUCUUCUCUUAUUCCAACCCUGUUCCAACUAUUCAAGCAGUCCUUAUUCUGUGUUUGUGGCCGGUCCCGACCAACACAAUGUUCCGAGAUUCUUCACACAUGCUGGCCGGGGUUGCCAUGCAACUCGCUGUGCAGAAUGGUCUCCAUAUAUUUGGUCGCGAGCAAGACUACUCGCGUCAGAACAUCGAUGCCGCGAACAGUGAGGUGACUUUGCGCUUUCGUCUGUGGAUCCAUUGUGUUGUAACGUUCCAAAGCAUGAACCUAGUUGGUGGCUUUCCAUGCUGGACGACAUCCGAACUGAAUAAUUUGGAAUCCGAUCUACUACUAGAGCGCACUCUUCCACCGUCAUUACUCUAUAGGUACCGGCUUCAUAAGGUACAAACUGACGCAAUUCAAGCAAUUACCCAAAGCACGCAACUCCUUGAGCCGAAUUGCGGGCCACCCUUGAACUCACUCAUCGACAUUUUCGAUGCACAAGUCAAAGCGUUGGUCCCUUCCUCCAACGUGGGUAUUGAUGCCCUUGUUCAGAAAUGCACUCGCUUGGGUAUCAGGGCAUUCCACUUCUUUUCGGCACCCGAUACGGCACGAACUGCUGGGCUUGUCCAAUUAUACGCCUUGUGCUGCAGCGUCCUCGACAUGCUUCAUGAUCUUGACAUUGCUGACGAUUUCGCCCUCUAUUCAACUCAAUGGGUGCACAGAAUGUUGAUGAUGGCCUCCCACAGCAUCCUGAAGAUCACCCGCAGCGAACUUCGCGCCCAUGUGGACGUUGAGCACGGGGAAAGCGCAUACUUCAAAGCCAUCAUGUUUGCAAAGAAGCGCUCAGCUGAAAACAACGACUUGGACUCAAGGAGUGCCAUAAUCUUGACUCAGCUCUGGGCCAGCGAUUCUGUAUUCUGUAAGAGAGAUGGUACUCUCAUAGGCGACCGUCUGCGCAUGAGAAGUCGACUCUUUGCGAGCGUCAUGUUCGACACCUUCUGGCACUGGAGAGCAACCUUCGGCAACUGGAAAGCGAAUCCGUACAAAGCAGAUGAUGAUGAAGCUGAAACAUUUACCGAAGGCCAACAACCAGCCACGCAUUGGGUAUCACCCUCAGUCUUCAUUGAGCAUUCUCCGCAACCAGGAGUUUCAACCACGCCUUCGGCGCGUAAUGCAUCGACCCUUCCCGGCCCAGUACUUGACUUUGACACCCUUAAUGCCUUCCCGGACUGGGAAUGGGCCGCUGAAGUGCCCUUAGUGGACGGCAUCGACUUCGCCGCGAUGUCGCAGUUUCCAGGUGUAGAAGUCGACUAG